AUUGUUGGGAGUUGGACUACAUACAGACUGUAAGUCAUCAAUAUAUUCCUUUACUAUAUAGAGACUACCAUAAGUUCUGUGACUCUAGAGAACCCUGACUAGCGCACCUUCCUUUUGCUAAAGGCAAGCCACGGCUGGCUAUCAGGAUUCCCCAUCCUAAAACCAUCAUGUAGAAGUGGUCUUUUAAUAGAACACACACAAUUUAUGCCAUCGAUACUUUAUUCUUCUCUUAGGUAAAACCACAACACUCUGAAGUGUUCACAGCUUCAUUUCUACUCAAUACUAAGCUAAUAAAUUUGUCCAUUGAAAACAACACUUGUGAUUGCCAGGUUGCUUCGUUUCUGGCAGAUGGUUUGAGUGGUCUCUGGCGGGACUGGAGGAAGCCAGUUCACCAUGUUGGCGGCCUCUGUGGACCCAGUUAGUGCCACACCAGUGACAGGAUCAAAGCAGAUGGGUUUGGAGGAGCCGAAAAAGAUGACCAGAGAGGACUGGAGGAAAAAGAAGGAGCUAGAAGAACAGAGAAAACUGGGCAAUGCUUCUGCAGAAGUCGACGAAGUGGGAAAAGAUAUGAACCCUCAUAUUCCUCAGUAUAUUUCUUCAGUUCCAUGGUACAUUGAUCCUUCAAAGAGACCCACUUUAAAGCAUCAGAGACCACAGCCAGAGAAACAGAAGCAAUUCAGUUCAUCUGGGGAAUGGUACAAGAGAGGCUUAAAGGAGAAUUCUAUAACUACCAAGUACUGCAAAGGUGCAUGUGAGAAUUGUGGAGCCAUGACACACAAGAGGAAAGAUUGCUUUGAGAGACCAAGGUGGAUUGGAGCUAAAUUCACAGGUACUAACAUUGCUCUGGAUGAGCACAUCCAGCCUCACCUGAUGUUUGACCACGAUGGGAAGAGAGACCGAUGGAAUGGCUACAAUCCAGAGGAGCACAUGAAAAUUGUUGAGGAGUACGCCAAAGUCGAUCUGGAAGACUACGUGGAGUACUCCAGGCAUGGGACAGUCAUUAAAGGCCAGGAGCAGGCUGUUGCCUGCUCCAAGUACGAGGAAGACGUCAAGAUCAAUAACCACACCCAUAUCUGGGGAUCUUACUGGAAAGAAGGCCGCUGGGGAUACAAAUGUUUUCACUCCUUUUUUAAGUAUUCCUACUGUACUGGAGAAGCCGGGAAGGAGAGUGUUAAUUCAGAGGAAUGUAUUAUGAAUGAUGUGACUGGAGAAGAGUCUGUGAAGAAACCUCAGAUGCUCACGGAGCUGCAUCAGGAGAAACUAAAAGAGGAGAAGAAGAAAAAAGAUGGUGAGGAAAGGAAGCAGGAGAAACUGAAAAAGGCACUGAAGGCAGAGGAGGCUCGCCUUCUUCACGUGAAGGAGAUUGUGCAGAUUGACGAGCGGAAGUGGCCUUACAAUAGUGCCUAUGAGAUCCGAGAGCCUACAGAAGAAGAAAGGGAGGCCUACAGGAUGAAACGGCAGAGACCGGAUUACCCCAUGGCCUCUUUCCUAGGACAGUAACUAGUCAGGAUCGGACACAUGCACAGCC